UGCUUACCUACCUACUCUUUGACGUGCAGGGCUCAAGCGUGCCUGUCCCCGAAACCAAACACCACUGUACUAUAUGAACCCAGUCCGACCCAUCCUCUGCCGGCUCGAAUUCCCGUUGAUAUCAUCUCGCCAUUCAAUUUCGCUCGUCUUUGAAGAAAGUCCCAGCCGCGGCCCACCGCCCACGACGAUCCCAGAGACAUCAUACAUCGCGACCGCAACCACUGACAAUUCUACUUGCGACCAACGCCGCCGAUCGAAACUAUGAACUUUGAUCACCAGCACCCAGCCUCGGGCGGCUACCACCAUCUGGCCUCUGGUCCCUAUAGCCAUGUCCCUCCGCCUCAGCAACAGCAGCAGCAGCAACAACAACAACACCACCACCACCACCACCAGGCUGCUUCUCAACACCACACUCAACACCACCCGCAUCCUUCCAACCAGAUGCCACAGCUCCCUCCUAUGGGAUAUCCAGCACCCGUGUCGAUGUCUUCGAACGCGUCUAUGCCUCCCAGCGGUAUGCCUCCUUCACAUCGCCAGUCCGCCACGCCCGCCGCGCCCCCCGCCGCCCCAGCCCAGCAGAACGCUGCACUGGCAUCCAUGUCGAAAACCGAUUCGAGGGGUAGAUCAUACGAGCUCGUCGUUGUGCAGCAGCCCCAGCGAGCGCGCAUGUGCGGCUUCGGCGACAAGGACCGACGACCCAUCACUCCCCCUCCAUGCAUUAAGGUCAUCGUAAGAGACGCAAAGACUGGACAGGAGAUCAACCACAACGAUAUCGAGUCUAAAUUCUUCGUGAUCCAGGUUGAUUUGUGUUCAGAGGACGGUACUUCAGAGGUGAAUCUUGUGAGGCACUCGUCCAACACUGCCUCGAUAUCAACCACACAGCCCUUUUCGUAUUCAACCUUGCGGGAUGAGGGCCUGCCGCAGGCACAGCAGAUGCAGGCCUAUUCCCAGAUGAUGCCCGGUUACGCCGCUGCGCCUAUGGGCUACGGCCAGCACCAGCCGCCACCGCAGCAACAGCAGCAGCACAUGAUGCCGGGUUAUGGCAUGGCUUCCGGAUCUGGCUACCAGCCGACCUACCAGUCAUCAAACUCCCAGUUUGCACCUCCGACCCAGUACUACCCCCAGCACGCCAACCCGGCGCCUGUGCCUUCCCAGGCGGACAUGGCUUACGGUGGCCCUCGCCAGUCGCUGUCCAUGCCCGCCAACCAGCCGCAGGGCAUGUUCACCAGAAACCUAAUUGGAAGCACGGCAUCAAGCGCCUUCCAGCUGAACGACGUCGCCGACCAACUCGGAACCUGGUUCAUCAUGCAGGAUCUGAGCGUGAGGACCGAAGGUCGCUUCAGGUUGCGUUUCUCGUUCGUCAACGUGGCGAGACCUCCGGACCAACCCUCGACAGAUGGUUCGAGUGUGAACCACGGCAGUGCCCCGAUACUCGCAUCCGUCUUCAGUGACGUUUUCCAGGUCUUCUCGGCCAAGAAGUUUCCCGGCGUCUGCGAGAGCACGCCCCUGAGCAAGUGCUUCGCGACGCAAGGUAUCAAGAUCCCCAUCCGGAAAGAGGGCGCCGGCGACGGCAAAAAGGGCGGCGAGGACGAUGAUGAUUAUUAACGCCAUGGUCUCGCUUGUUUUUCGGUUCCACGACGGGCGCUCGGAGUUCAGGCAUAAAACACCCAAAAAUGAAAUACGGAUUCAGUAGUGGGCAGAACAGGAUCAUCAUGGCGGUCCAUGACAGUUAUCGUCAUUCUUGGCACGGGCCCGCCCCCUUCCGGCUCGUACCAUUAAACGCCAAGCAGAGCAUAUUUGAGGUUUUCAUUUCUUCUCCGGAGACCUUUCUAGCGUAGUGGAGGUUGGAGAAUCGCAAGACACUACUCACCUUUGUUGUUGCUGUGGGUGGCGAGAGCCUACACCCUUGCCUCGAACGUCGGAACGUCUCCACUAUAUUGCAUUGGACGGUGCCAAGCAUCGACAGAUCAUCUCCUUAAGCUUCCGCGCUUCCCCCUUUGGUGGGUGGAGUUAACCGGCAGAUCGUUGGACCGCCUAUCCAGAGGGGAUCUUCCGAGAUUUCUAUUUUCCUCCUCGGUUUCCCUACGUGUGUAGCGGUCUGAGGAGAGAGGAUGCAUCGAUUAUCGGACUGGAAAAUCAGGAAGGGGGAAAGGGUCGAUGCAAAGACAUGAAGACGAGACUGGCGAAGAGAACCAUACAAGAGGGAAUGAGGGGUGGGGGGUUGGAAAAACAAUGGGGCGGUUCCGGCCUGGGUUUGCGCGUCCCGUCAUCAUCCGCCGAUGGAGAACAUGAGGGGAAAUAAAGGUCCCCCCAGCACGAGUUAUAUUUCACCGCGAAUGUUGCUCUUGUCCCACUGCCAAGCAGGGUAAGAUAAGGGGUAGGAUACGUAGGUAGGUAGUGUCCCUCCUUCUCAACAUAAGCAUCUCUGCAGGCUCAAAAUCACAGUUGUACGUCCGUCUGUCCCUACCUAAGUAUGAUAGCAGCAACCUUUGCUUUUUGAGCAGCUGCUAGCUCUGACUACAUCCCAGUUACACCUGCCUACCUGCCUACCACCAAGUUCGACGGGAAGACCCUUACAGCGAGGGGCGCGGGUCCUGACCCGGAUGCUGCUUGAGGUACUGCGUAGACGGCCUCACCUGAAUCUCUCGAAAACCUUGUACAAAAAGCCUUGACGCGGGUUCUUGAUGUCGGCAACGGUACAAUCGUCAUCCUACAGAGCCUGGCAUGCGGAAUUAACAGGCCAUGUCACAAACACACAUAUAAUUCGACAGUUCCGACUCAUAUUCCACUGGAUAUUGAAAACCUACAAAAAAAAAGACCCCAGCAAAACAAAAAAGAACAACAAAAGAAGAAGUGAAGCCUGCAGGUCCGACUGCGAGGCAACUCCAACGCCUGACACGCCGCCCCUCCUUCCCAGUCCCUUCCCAUUGCGGCGGGCUCAACUAACAACGCUCGAACGCUCUCCCAAAGUAUUCAUUGCUGAUUCAUAGUUCCUUCCUCCAUGGGAAGACGACUCGCAGUGUCACAUCAGCUGACAUGGUCGCAUUCCAUCCGUCAAGACAUCGUUAUGUCGUCUUGGUUUUCAAACGCCAUCUCUCGGUUCCAUCUCAAGCACAAAGGAGACAAAACAGAUGAAAGAGAUCGAGACGAGGAAGUGUACACGCCGAGGGUGGUGCCUACCACAGACCAUCGACCUCACCCUAGCGAUCCUUUGCAAUGAGAAACAAAACCAGAAGCCAAGUCUUCUUUUUCUUUUACUGGCAAUGAUACAUGCCAUUGGGGGUGGAUGGAUACAUCCCGCCUUAGCUGCCUUUGCAGCAUAACAGCUUGUGUUGCCGCACACAUGCCCGACUGCAAACAGUAUUGGCCUGCAUGUAGGCAAAAGAAAUCAAUCAUUUC